AUGGCCCUUACUAAAGAAAAUCCCGGUUAUGUCUCGAGUUUAUCUGUUCCAAAGGCUCUCAUCUUCAUUCAGCGGAGGCGGAAUUUAGGGAGAGUAGGCGUUCCUCUUGUCCCUGCGUCCAAGACUGCUAGCCUUUCCAGAACUCGUGAGUCUCGGAUUGCUCCUUUGGCCUUUCCUUAUUCAGGCAAGAAGAGAUCGUUGCCAGAAGAGGUUGAUCAUGGUGACAGUGCUCAGGCUCAAACUGAAACUGCUCAAACUAAGCGGGUUCCUGACUUUCGUGGUCCAACUCCUGCUUCGAAUCCUAUUGUGGAAGAUCAUGAUGAAGAGGCUGUUGAAGCAGAUGAGGUGGUACCUCAACCUUGUUCAUCUUUGAGGGAAGCACAAGUAUUAAAAACCGAAUAUUCUCCCCUUGUUUUUAGCUGGGUGAGAGGAGUUACAGCUGAGACACCUGUGCCGACAGAGACUGAAUGCCCCCUGGUUGUUGGAGAAAUAAGGAUUGAGGGAACAGUCCCUGAAGAGAUCAAUCUUGAAGUUGUUAUCAAAGAACUGACCCCUGCUGUGGAAUCAACUGGGUUUGAAGGGGAAUCGUUGGUUCCUAAUAUGAAGUAUGUGCGUAUUCUGGCAGGAGACCGAGAUGCCUUUGCCCGAAGACCGUGCAUCCCAGGUUACCGGGAACUUGAGGCUGAAAACAUAGCGCCUGAGCUAACGGUGGAACCCACGGCUCGUACCGAAGCUGGUCAUAAUUUGGGUGCUUCGCGUGCUAAGAAGUCUGGGAUUCCAGCCAUGUCCAAGGAUAAGGCUAAACUGAUGCUAGCAAAAUGGGUGACCCUCUCAACAGAAGAGAGAGUGGGAGAAGAACAGAGGGGUAAAAAAGAGGAGCUCCAUGAUGAGGUUGAUCAAAUGCUAACGGCUCUAACUACUGUCAAAGAGGACAUAGACAAGGUUGAUGUGGAAGUUGGUAUGGAACUAUGGCACGAGAAGUUGAGAAAGAUCUGUCUUGACAAGCUUCGCGUGGACACGCGACACUUUGUUGAAAGAUAA